GUCCGUACCGAAAGAUGGCAGAGGUUGGGCCCAAGUCAGUGUUGUUCAUGUGUCUCGGUAACAUUUGCUGGUCACCCAUUGCAGAAGCAGUUUUCAGAAAAUUGGUAACUGAUGAAAAUGUUCCAGAUAAAUGGAGGAUAGACAGUGCGGCUACAUCCACCUAUGAAGUGGGGAAGGCCCCUGACUAUCGUGGGCAGAGCUGCAUGAGAAAACAUGGCAUCCCCAUGAAUCAUGUUGCACGGCAGAUUACAAGAGAAGACUUUGCCACAUUUGAUUAUAUACUGUGUAUGGAUGAAAGCAAUCUGAGAGAUUUGAAUAGAAGAAGUAAUCAAGUUAAAAACUGCAAAGCUAAGAUUGAGUUACUUGGGUGCUGUGAUCCACAGAAACAACUCAUUAUUGAAGAUCCCUAUUAUGGCAAUGAUUCUGACUUCGAAGUGGUGUACCAACAAUGCCUCAGGUGCUGCAAGGUCUUCUUGGAGAAGACUCACUAGAUGGUCCUGCCCAACACCAUUGAGCAACUCACUCUCCAGAGCCAUGCCCAAGGGUGGUGGCAGUCCU